AUGAGCCCCGUCAUGGUGGACAGGAGAGUCGGGGGUCACGGCGUCCUGGGCAGGGUCAGCGAGGUCGCGAACCGCAGCAGUCAGCGUCUGAGUCAGACGCUGCGCAGCCGAGUGAAGCAGGUCAGCGGCUGCACUGGCCAAGAGGAUGUCGUCCAUGUAACGAACAAAGUAAAAGGAGGGAUAAAAGAGCGCAAAAAGGACCCGAGCCCCACCUGCAGCGGCCACGGCACCUUCUCCCGGGACACUUGCAGCUGCCACUGUGAGCCGGGCUGGGUGGGCCCCGACUGCGCCGCCCCCGCCGCCCCCUGCCCCGAGAACUGCAGCGGCCACGGCAAGUGCGUGCAGGGCGCCUGCGUCUGCCACCCCGACUACACGUCCGAGGACUGCAGCGAGCUGCGCUGCCCCGCCGACUGCAGCGGCCACGGCUUCUGCGACACGGGCGAGUGCUACUGUGAGGACGGCUUCACCGGCCACGACUGUGCACAGGUGGUGGCCCCGCAGGCCCUGCACCUGCUCGGGAGCACGGCGGACACGCUGCUGGUGGGCUGGGAGCCCGGCGGCCCUGUGGACCACCACGUCCUCAGCUACCACCCGCGGGGCCAGGAGCCGGCGGGGAAGCGGGUCCGGGUGCCCGCGGGGCAGCACAGCUACGAGAUCCCCGGGCUGCUCCCGGGCACCGAGUACGUCGUCGCCCUGCACGGCGUGAGGAAGGGCGUGGCCAGCCACCCCCUGCACCUGCAGGCCAGCACAGAUCCCGCCCUGCAGGGCACGGCCUGGGUGACCGAGGAGACGGAGCACUCGCUGGACGUGGAGUGGGAGAACCCGACCACGCAGGUGGACUUCUACAAGCUGCGUUACCGGCCCCUGACGGGCCAGGAGGUGGCCGAGGUCACCGUGCCCAAGAGCAGCGACCCCAAGACCCGCUAUGACAUCACCGGUCUGUGGCCCGGGACGGACUAUCAGAUCACGGUGGUCCCCGUGCAAGGGGGCCAGGAAGGCGCCCCCAUCCUCCUCAGCGGCCGCACAGAGCUCGACAGCCCCGCCCACGUGGUCACGGACCGGGUGACGGAGGACACCGCGCUGGUCUCCUGGGCCCCCGUGCAGGCGGUGGUCGACACCUACGUGGUCCGGUACACCUCGGCCACGGGCGACAGCACAGACGUGGCGGUGGGCCAGGACCAGAACAGCACUGUGCUGACGGGCCUGGAACCGGGCCAGGCCUACACGGUGCUCGUGUGGGCGGAGCAGGGUGACCGGGCGAGCAAGAAGGCCGACACGCAGGCGCUCACAGACAUCGACAGCCCCCGAAACCUGGCGACCACCCAGGUGACCGAGACCACGGCCACCGUGUCCUGGGACCCCGUGCGGGCGCCCAUCGACAGGUACAUGGUGCGCGUCACCUCGCCCGCCGGGGACAGCAGGGACGUGGCCGUGGGCAAGGAGCAGACCAGUGCGGUGCUGACGGGGCUGCGGCCGGGCGUGGAGUACACGGUGCUCGUCUGGGCCGAGAAGGGCACCCGGGGCAGCCGCAGGGCCGACACCAAGGCCCCGACAGAUCUCGACCCUCCCAAGAACCUUCGUCCAUCCGCGGUGACGCAGUCCGGUGGGGUGCUGACCUGGGCUCCGCCCGACGCUGCCAUCGACGGCUACGUCCUGACCUACCAGCUCCCGGAUGGCACCGCCAAGGAGGUGACCCUCGGGCCAGGGGAGCAGCGGUUCGAGCUGCAGGGCCUGGAGCAGGGGGCGACCUACCCCAUCUCCCUGGUCGCCUUCCGGGGGGAGCGCCACAGCCCCAGCACGUCCACAGCCCUCGCCACAGUGGGCAUCCGUUUCCCGCACCCCACGGACUGUAGCCAGGUCCAGCAGAACGGCCACGCCGGGAGCGGCCUCUACACCAUCUUCCUGCAUGGCACGGCCGGCCGGCCCCUGCAGGUCUACUGCGACAUGGACACGGACGGAGGCGGCUGGAUCGUCUUCCAGAGACGGAACACGGGCCAGCUGGACUUCUUCAAGCGCUGGCGCACCUACGUGGAGGGCUUUGGGGACCCCACAAAGGAGUUCUGGCUGGGACUGGACAAACUGCACAACCUCACCAGCGGCACCCCGACCCGCUACGAGGUGCGUGUGGACCUGCAGACGGCCAACGAGUCCGCCUACGCCGUGUACGACUCCUUCCAGGUGGCCUCGGCCAAGGAGCGCUACAAGCUCUCGGUGGGCAAGUACCGGGGCACGGCCGGGGACGCGCUCACCUACCACAACGGCUGGAAGUUCACCACCUUCGACCGCGACAACGACAUCGCGCUCAGCAACUGCGCCCUGACGCACCACGGUGGCUGGUGGUACAAGAACUGCCACCUGGCCAACCCCAACGGCAGAUACGGGGAGACGAAGCACAGCGAGGGGGUGAACUGGGAGCCGUGGAAAGGACACGAAUUCUCCAUCCCCCACGUGGAGUUGAAAAUCCGCCCUCACGGCCACAGCAGGGGACAGUAGGAGCGGGGACCGGAACGGUCCAGCACCCACCUGAGCCGUCAUUGUUGUCGUCGCGGGAGAAAAGGCCA